AUAAAACAUAUAUGCCCUUCAUAACACAUAAUACACAAACUCUUGACAAAUCUAAUAACGAUCUAGGGGUGAGCAUAUAGUAAAACUUUCCGAUUCUGUUUAUAUACAUGGCUGAUGAGUUUCAAGCAACGUCAGCAAUUUGCGGUAGCGGAGGCGGUGCGUGGUGGAACUCGCCGAGAAGCGUUAUGUCACCUUCGGAUAAUUUCUUGUCGCCUUGUUUCAGAGCUGCAAUCACUUCCGAUGAGUUUGGCUGUCAAGAGAAUAAUAUCAAAUCUAGGAAUACUUGUACAGACAACAACAUCAUUUUUGGGCAGCCAGAGGCCGAUACCGACAGUGGAGGAAGCACCGUGACGAUUGACUCGACGAUGCAAAUAAUGGGUCUAGGGUUUGCCUCGAACUCUUCUUCAGAUUGGAAGCACACCAUUCUACAGGAAGACUUAAACUCAAGCCUCUUAAGGAGCUCACAAGAUCAUGGCCCAGGAUUCUUAUCGACAACUACUUCACCUUAUCUUCUUAAUCCAGCUUGCUCUUCAUCUUCAUCAAUUUCUUAUUCCUCGAGCUUGUUACGAACCUUUUAUGAUCCCGAACCCAACCCGUACAGCUUCGUUUCCACCACUAGCUGCUCAAUCAACGACCCUCGGGUCUCUUGGGCUAAUAAUAAUACGACAAAUCCUCACCAUCAAGCUGCUUAUGGACUAAUUAACAACUUCUCUAACAACAUAAACUCUCGACCCUUAAGUAAAACGACUCAGAACAGUUUUGCAACCACUCCGCAAAUAAUAUCUACUCGUGUUGAGGAUAAAGCCAAGAAGACAAGAGGCCAGAGCGAGUCUUUGAAGAGAGCAAAGUAUAAUGAACCUGCGUCGAAGAAACAGAGAGUUUCCACGCCUUCACCCUUGCCAACUUUUAAGGUGAGAAAAGAGAACCUAAGGGACCAGAUCACUUCGUUGCAACAGCUGGUUUCACCUUUCGGAAAGACAGAUACUGCAUCGGUUCUCCAAGAAGCUAUAGAGUACAUUAAGUUCCUUCACGAUCAAGUCACUGUUCUAAGUACUCCAUACAUGAAGCAAGGUGCCCCGAUCCAUCAACAACAGCAGGAUGGAAACGAGAAUCAAGAACUAAGAGCACACGGUCUAUGUCUCGUCCCGAUAUCAAGCACUUUUCCGGUGGCUAAUGAAACAACCGCCGAUUUUUGGACACCGACGUUUGGAGGCAACAAUUUCAGAAAAAUAAAAUUCGCAAGUCAUGAUCAAAGAUUGAAUCAUUACUUGGAGAAAAAGUAGAGAUGGAAGAGGAAGGUGACUCUUCAAAGGUGGGCAGAGGCAACAAUGGUGUUGGAGGGGACCAACUACAAAAGCAUGAAUGAUUUAGGGCUUAGAAAAUAAUUACCUAUCUAUCAUAUAUUAAUAGGCUCUCUAUUUUAGAAAAAAGAAACAUAUAUACCUUAAUAAAAACGUUUUUACAUGUAACAACUAAGCUUUUUUUUUUUU